AUAUAUAUAGAUGUGCUCUGUUCAGUCGGUGAUGUCUGUUCGAACUGGCAGGAUGAAACUGUGGCUGUCAAUAGUGGCGUGUGUGAUAUUGGCAUUAGCAGAAGCUAAUGGCAUUUCGUACACUGAGUUUCAGUUGUACGUGCUGCGUCCGAAGACCCGUGAUCAAUUGAAGGAAUUACAUGAACUGGCGAAGGAAAUCGAUUUGGACUUUUGGGACACUCCUAGGGUGAAACGCGAUGUACGAGUGAUGGUGAGCUUUAGCGAUGGCUCCAAAUUCGAACAGGCUUUGGACCGACAUGACUUCGACUAUGACUAUGUAGUGGGCAACGUUCAACAAAUCCUCGAUAAAGAACGGAAAUCCAACUCCGAAUAUUAUCAACGAACCAAGCGAGAUUCCAAUUCAAGGUCUACCAUAGAUUUCAAUCAUUACUGGGAACUGGACGAAAUCUACGAUUAUCUUGAUGAAAUGGCAGCCGCUAGUCCUAUGGUCGAUGUCUUUGAAAUCGGAAAGACCCGUCAGGGACGUCCAAUCAAAGCAGUUACUAUUUCUCCAACCGGAAAAGUUACUUUGGAUCGUCCAGUGGUGUUCAUGGAUGCUGGUAUUCAUGCUCGUGAAUGGGUCGGCCAUAUGUCGGUGAUGUACAUGUUCCAUGAAUUUGUGGAACACCCGGAACUGUACCAGGAACAGCUUUCUAAGACGGAUUACGUCAUAAUACCGGUGCUUAAUCCCGAUGGUUAUGUUUACACACACACAGCAAACCGACUGUGGAGGAAGAACCGUGUGCAGAACAACUUACUUUGUGCGGGAGUUGAUUUGAAUCGAAAUUUCCCAUACGCUUGGGCUUACACUAGUAAUGGUUGUACGAACACUUUUGCGGGAACUGAACCGGCCUCGGAACCUGAAACGAAAGCCAUGACAGAGUUAAUGGAUAAAUAUAAGUCUGCCAUGGUGACCUACAUCGCUGUUCACACUAGUGGAGAGAUGAUCCUGUGGCCUUGGGGUUACAAAUUUGAGCAUUGUGCAAACGGAGAGGAACAUGAUACACUGGGUAAAAAAGCACGUGACGCAAUUGUAAGCGCUGGAGGACGCGAAUGGGAAGUUGGAAAUUCGGCUGAUGUUUUGUACAUUGCCUCUGGAGCUACCGAUGAUUACGCAUACCAUACUGGAGCACGAUUGGCUUACACGAUCGAACUGACAGGUGGAGGACUGCAUGGAUUUGAUCUACCUCCCAGCGAGCUAGAAAAAGCCGUUCGGGAAGCUUUUGAGAUUUACAAGACAUUCGGAGCGAACGCUGGAACGCUGCCAUUACCAACGCCAUCUGCAUAAACACAAAAUUGCAAUCAGUUUUGAUGAUUAAUUCAAGGUAUUACUUCUAACUAGUCAGACAGUUAUCGAGAGGCUGAAAAAUUAUUGUGAAUGUUGAGUACAGUACCGUCACUAACUCAUGCAAUUAUCAUUUUUCUCUAAUAAAAAAACAGUGACUUCAUUGAAAACAAA